AUGAUGCAUCUGUACAACCUCACGCUUGAGCCGUCGUCGAAUGUGACGGCGGCGGUUGUCGGCCAGUUCUCCGGGACGCGGCAACAAGAGAUUGUGGUGGCACGCGGGAGCCGUUUGGAGCUCUACCAAGUCGACACGCAGUCGGGCAAGGUGUCGCGUAUUGUGUCGCAGGACACGUUUGGCAAUAUCCGGAGCAUGGUCAACUUCCGUUUGACAGGCGGUACGAAGGAUUAUGUGAUUCUUGGCAGCGAUUCGGGCCGGAUUGUCGUGCUCGAGUACAAUGCCAAGGAGCUGCGUUUCGACAAGCUGCACCAAGAGACCUUUGGCCGCUCGGGCAACCGCCGUGUGAUUCCCGGGCAGUACCUUGCGGCGGAUCCCAAAGGGCGUGCUGUGCUGAUUGGGGCUGUCGAAAAAGGCAAGCUGAUCUAUAUCCUGAACCGCGAUGCGGAUGCAAACCUGACAAUUUCUAGCCCCCUCGAGGCGAACAAGGCGACGACGGUCGUGGAGAGCGUCGUCGGUGUGGAUGUCGGCUACGAGAACCCCCUCUUUGCCUCGCUCGAGUUCGACUUUGGCGAGGCCGACCAGGAUCCGACGGGCGAGGCGGCGGUGCACACCCAAAAGAAUCUGACCUACUACGAGUUGGACCUUGGUUUGAACCACAUCGUGCGCCGCUGGUCGGGGCCGGUGGAUGCGCGUGCUCACCACUUGAUCCAGGUCCCGGGUGGGUACAACCACAACACCGAGCGGUGGGACGGCCCGAGCGGCGUCCUGGUCUGUUCGGAGAACUACAUUGUGUACAAGCACCAAGGACAGCCUGAGCACCGGGUACCGAUUCCCCGGCGGCAGAACCCUGUGGCACGCGAGGACCGCGGCUCGAUGAUCGUGGCGAGCGUGCUGCACAAGAUGAAGAGUGCCUUCUUCUUCCUCGUGCAGAACGAGGAGGGCGACUUGUUCAAGGUCACGCUCGACCACGACGAGGAAGAGAUCCAGGCAUUGCGCAUCAAGUACUUUGAUACGGUGCCGGUCGCUGCGAAUCUGUGCAUUCUGCGCGCUGGCUUCCUGUACGUCGCGUCGGAGUACGGCGCGCAGCACCUGUACUCCUUCCAAAAACUCGGCGACGACGACGAGAUCCCCGAGUACAGCUCGCUAGACUACCCCGACUUUGGAACUCGCCCCGACGCCCUGCCGCCGAUUCCCACCUUUACGCCGCAGGUCGUGGAGAACAUUGCGCUCGUAGACGAGCAGCAGGCGCUCGAUCCGAUCAUGGACGCCAAGGUGUCGAACCCCCUCGGCUCGGAUGCGCCGCAGAUUUAUACGGCGUGCGGCCGCGGCGCACAGAGCGCCUUCCGCCAGCUGCGCCAUGGCCUUGAGGUGAGCGAGGUGGUGAGCAGCGACCUGCCGGGUGUCCCGAACGCGGUAUGGUCGACCAAGCUGCGCAAGAACGACGAGUACGACAGCUACAUUGUGCUGAGCUUCGUCAACGGCACUCUGGUGCUGAGCAUCGGCGAAACGAUCGAAGAGGUCGUCGACUCGGGCUUCUUGACCAGCGCCCCGACGCUCGCCGUGCAGCAGCUCGGCGCAGAUGCGGUUCUGCAGGUGCACCCUCAUGGUAUCCGGCACAUCCUUGCGAACAAGCAGGUGAACGAGUGGGCGACACCCGCGCUGCCGAACGGCGAGCCGACGACGAUCGUCGCAAGCACGACCAAUGAACGCCAAGUCGCCAUUGCGCUUAACUCGAACGAGAUCGUCUACUUUGAGUUGGACAUGGACGGCCAGCUGAACGAGUACCAGGAGCGCCGGGACGUCGGCGCGGAGAUCCUCGCACUGAGCAUUGCCGAGUGCCCCGAGGGACGCCAGCGCACCCCCUACCUCGCUGUCGGCUGUGCAGACCAGACGGUGCGCAUCGUGUCGCUGGACCCCGAGUCAACGCUCGCCUCGAUCUCGGUGCAGGCGCUGACGGCGCCCCCGUCAAGCAUCUGCAUCAACGAGAUGCUCGACGUGAGCAUCGACCGCAACCACCUCACGAUGUUUGUGAGUAUCGGGCUGCAGAACGGUGUGCACCUGCGCACGGUCCUCGACCCUGCGACCGGGCAGCUAACUGAUACGCGCCCCCGCUUCCUGGGCAGCCGUCCGGUGCGUCUGGUGCGUGUGCGUGUACACGGUCAGCCUGCGGUGCUUGCGCUGAGUAGCCGCAACUGGCUGAGCUACACGCUGCACUCACGCGUGCACUUUACGCCGCUUAUCUUUGAUCCGUUCGAGGAUGUGAGCAACUUUUCGACCGAGCUGUGUCCCGAUGGCCUGAUUGGCAUCGUGGGCGACACGCUCCGCAUCUUUACCCUCCCGCAUCUUGGUGCCGAGCUCAAGAUGGAAACGCUGUCGCUCUCUUACACGCCCCGCAAGAUGCUGGUGCACCCGACGAACCCCGGUUUGUUCUAUAUUCUCGAGUCAGACCACCGCGCCCUGUCGCCGUGGACAAUCGCACAGCGCAGCGCACAGCAGGAUAGCCGCGAGCGCGGUGUGUUGGACCUUGACCCCCGCCAGUUUGGGCUUGUGCACGGCGAGGUAGGGCAGUGGGCGAGUUGCAUCCGCGUCGUGCACGGCCCCAGCACAGAGACGACCUGCCGCCUGGAAAUGGACGGGAACGAGGCCGUGUUCAGCCUCGCCUUCACGACCUUUGGCACGACCGGGUCGGAGCAGUUCCUUGUCGUCGGCUCCGGCGUGGACGUGCAGAUGAACCCUCGUUCGUUCCGGUGCGGCUACCUCUCGACGUACCGCCUGAAGAACGAGGGACGCACGCUCGAGCUCCUGCACAAGACCGAGAUGGACCAUAUUCCCCUUGCGAUGCACGCCUUCCACGGCCGUUUGCUGGUCGCUGCCGGCCCCUACGUGCGCAUGUACGAGAUGGGUACCAAGAAGCUGCUGCGCAAGAGCCAGACGAAGCCCUUCCCCACGACGGUCGUCUCGCUGAACGUGCAAGGCGCUCGUGUCAUUGUCGGAGACAUGCAGGAAUCGGUGCACUACAUGAUGUACAAGCAGGCGACAAACGGCUUUACGGUAUUUGCUGAUGAUUCGCUGCCGCGUUGGACGACGUGUGUGAUGAUGGUCGACUACGACACGGUUGUCCACGCGGACAAGUUUGGCAACGUGUGCUUUUUGCGCGUCGACCCCGGUGUGUCGCGCAAUGCAGACGAGGACCCGACCGGUCUUGCGAUGCAAGCGGAGCGUCCGUUCCUCAUGGGCACCGCGAACCGCCUCGAGGUGCUCGCCCACUUCUAUGUGGGUGACAUUGUCACCAGUUUGAAUCUGGCAAGCCUCGUGCCUGGUGGACGCCCGGUGGUGGUGUACACGGGUCUGAGCGGUACGGUCGGUGCACUGGUUCCGUUCCUGAGCAAGGAAGAUGCGGACGUCAUGACGCAGCUCGAGAUGCACAUGCGCCAAGAAUGCGACAGCCUGGUGGGCCGCGAUCAUCUCUCGUACCGCGGUGCCUAUGUCCCCGUCAAGGCCGUUGUGGACGGCAACCUGGUCGAGCUCUAUGGCCAGCUGCCGCACGCGAAACAAGCUGCAAUCGCUGAAUCGCUCGAUCGGACGCCAAACGAGGUAAACAAAAAACUCGCCCAGCUCCGCGAAUCGACGACCGGAUAUUAA